CGCGCAAUAAGCCCUCGAUAAACCCUAGCCAGACCGAACUGUAGCCCGAUUCCUUCACUCAGUCGGUCAGUCCGUUUUGUUGCCAGCACUGAUGGCGAAGCGGCUGAUUCCAGCUUUCAAUCGCGUUCUUGUGGAGAAGAUAGUUCCUUCCUCGAAGACAAAUACCGGCAUCCUUCUUCCCGAGAAGAGCAGCAAGCUUAACUCUGGUAAAGUUGUGGCAAUUGGUCCUGGAAUUCGAGAUAGAGAUGGGAAACACAUACCUAUUUCCUUGAAGGAAGGAGAUGUUGUUCUUCUGCCUGACUAUGGUGGAACUGAAGUGAAACUUGAAGGCAAAGAGGAGCUUCUAAUUUCUUUUAAAGGGGCAAUAGGAGACAACCCAAAGCAACGAAUACCAAGCUUCUUAUACCUUGAUGCAAUACGCAAGGUUCCACCUGUACCGUGAAGAUGACAUCUUGGGUACGCUUCAUGAUUAAGAGGCGUUGCGGAUUUCUAUAAUUUUGUUCAGGGUUGGCAUCAUGUAGUCAUUUAUAUGAUGUAAAACUACACAAACAUUUACAACAAAUUUGAAACUGUUACCAUUUUCGCUGUGCAUUGAAGUAAAUUUUAAGAAAAUCAGACCCUUUCGAGCAAA